AUUAACUGCCAGCUUGCUGAGCAACUACUACCCACGAGGCACCAUGUAAGGAUGAAGAUGCACUAACGGCCAUAAAGACUGAGGCUGAUCCAGGACUCAAGUUCACAAGAGGUGACCCAGCUGAAGCCAGCAGGAAAGAAAAGCCUGUGGCAAGGAGAAUCUUGAGGAUCUGACCAUCAUGGAGGGAAGACAUACCUGGGCAGGAGCUCAGAGGCUGCUCACUUCCUGCUAACCUCAGUGUCAUUACUAGUCAAGGGCUCAUUCAUCCUAUAUAAAGCCAGCUGGCUUCUGACUUCACAUCAGACCAGAGCAACCAGACACCCCAUUCUCUGUGUACCAGAUCCAGCCUCCUGUGAAGCAUGAGUUCCCACCAGCAGAAGCAGCCCUGCACUGCUCCCCCCCAGGCUCAGCAGCAGCAGGUGAAACAGCCCUGCCAGCCUCCACCCCAGGAACAAUGUGCCCCCAAAACCAAGGAGCCAUGCCACCCCAAGGUUCCAGAGCCCUGCCACACCAAAGCUCCUGAGCCAUGUCACCCCAAGGCUCCAGAGCCCUGCCACCCCAAAGCUCCUGAGCCCUGCCACCCCAAGGCUCCAGAGCCCUGCCACCCCAAAGCUCCUGAGCCCUGCCACCCCAAGGUUCCUGAGCCAUGUGUCCCAACGGUCACUCCAGCACCAGCUCAGCAGAAGACCAAGCAGAAGUAAUGGGGUCCACAGCCAAGCAAGCCCUUGAGGAGCCAACCACUGGAUGCUGAAUCCCCUCUCCCAUUCUGCUUCUGUGUCUUACUUACAAUUAGCAUGCUGGCACCCUGAGUCAUACCCUCCCUCUUUGCACCCUCUACAAGAUUUCCCUCACAUUGCUCUAGAGGGCUCUGAGCCUCUGAAUGAUGCUGAGAGUCUCACUGGCUGAGCUACUCUUUUAACUGCUCAGGGCUCAACUAAAGAGGGGCCUGGGGAUCAAGUGGAUCUUUCCUGCCUUCUCCCCAUUAAA